ACUUACAAGAAAAUCAACAAGUAUUAAAAUAUGAUUUACUCAGGCAUCUUUCUUUAUUGUUUAAGCAUCCAGACUUGCUUAAACAAAUUCAUAAAAGUAUAGAAUUCAGGGCUGCUGAUAACAAAAGAAGAAAAGAAACAAUAAAAGUUAGAACUAUUAACCAUCUACAUGAAGAAUUAGAACAAAAUUAUAAUGAACAUCUUUUUUAUACUAUUGUAUACAAUUACUUGUUGUCAUGUCAUCAAAAUUCAAUUGCAGCAAAAAAGCAUCACAAUCCGAUCAAUGUUCAAGACCCUAUAUUUGGAAAGCAAGUUAUAAUUGAGUAUGUUGACAUGAAAAAUAUUCCAUUUUUGAAUGUUAAGUUUUCAGGAUCAGAUAAUAGCAUUGAUAAUUUUAAUUGUAAUAAGGCUGGUGAUCUUCUUGCCACCAAUAAUGGCUUUCUUCUGCCUCUUGUAAUAGGAAAAGACAGCUAUUAUAUUAAUCUGAUUCAUCUAUUGGAGUAUUAUAACAAAGAGAAAAUUCAGAGGGGGUUUCAGAUACUUGGAUCUGAGGAAGGAAUAUAUUUACAUAAUAAGUAUUAG